AGGAGAGAUGAUCCUUAUUCUUCUCUGCCUCUCAGUCUAGCCUGUGGCAUCCAUCCUUCUGUAUCCCUGCAUCCCUCCAUCCCUCCAAAGUCCUCCAUCCCAGAGAAGCUGCAAAGAAACUUUACCUCUGAAACUGGAGACUCCUUCCAUUAACAUCCUCUUGCAGAAGACUGCACUUCAGCCGUACAUGCCGCUGUCUCACAAAAUGUCGAAGAUUCCUCCGGAUCAGGGCGCAAUUGCUUAAUGCUUGGACGGUGAAACUGGAAACCUGACUGAGUCCCAGAGGAACUACACGACCCAGAAUUCAGCUGUUUGAAGGAACAAACUCUCUGCCACUUUCUCCACCUUUAGCCUAAACACUUAAAGCCAGAAAUAUUCACAGUACACGGUUACCUCACCAUGUCAAGGACUUUGUGUUUCCGAAUGUGUAAAAAUCUCUAGCAAAUUCUGUCGCAAUUCUUCUCUUCUCCUUUAUCACUGUUCACAAGACCCCAUGCUGAUGCUGAUGCCGUUGCUGACGCUGUCACACAGGAGGAUCAACAUGGCUCCAAAACCGAUGGAUGCGGAAGCCAUUGAGCGCUUCAAUUAACUACAAAGUAAAAGGUUAUCCGGGAUUCUCGGUCUGUAAACAAAACAACAACAAAACAAUAACAACAACAACAAAACGGCCGUAAGUUUUCCGCUCUGAUCCCGUCCAAUCAGCGUGGGCGGGUUUGGGCUGCGCCACAAUUUUGUGUUAGGAGUGCGAUGCGGAUUGGAGGAUGUCAGGGGAUUGGGAAGAAGACGUGUGCAAGAAAGCGCUGGUGCUGGUGGAGGAGCUGUGCUUCCGCUCUGGAGGAUACAGCCAGAGUGCCAGCUGCCAGGAGUUCAGCUACAUGAUGAGGGGAAGCAACGGACAUAUUGACACAGAGAUCUCUGUCAGCCUCCUGUCCGUCAUCGUGACAUUCUGCGGCAUCGUGCUGCUUUCUGUCUCGCUCUUCGUCUCCUGGAAGCUCUGCUGGUUGCCAUGGAGAGACAAAGAGGGCGGUGGCCUCAGCCUCACAGCCGGGCUCCUACCCGGAGGGGCGGGGCUUCAUGGGGUAGCAGGAGGGUCCUCCCUCCUCCCUCCUUUACUGCACAGGAAAGACACACACUCCUCGUCGUCUCUCUAUCCGUCUCUGGCCCAGGCCGGACAGCACCACCCACACUUCUCUGACGUGAUGGGGGUGGAUGGAGGAGGGGCCAUGAUGGUAGGCGGGGUCGUGGGCGGGCCUCAGGAAAUGCAGGAGCAUUCCUACCUGGACAUGGACUCCUACCCCAACAACGCAGGGAAUAUAAAACUGAGUCAGACGUCUCCUGAACUGCCGCCACCUGAAGGAGGAUCUGCUGCUAAAGAUCUGGUCAACACUCACCCUCAGCAGGCCACGCCCAGACCCAAGCCCAUGACUCAUCAGCUCUCCAGUCCUGAUUUUCAUGGAGAGGAGAAGAGCGAGCAGGUGACGUGCAUCGGGCAGAUCAAGCCAGAGCUGUACCGCCCGCGGCAGGGCGAGCAGGGAGACAGCAAGCAGGGCGACACGUGUGGAAAAAUCAGCUUCCUGCUCCGCUACUCUUUCAAUACGGAGCAGCUGGUGGUGAAGAUUCUCAAAGCUCUGGACCUGCCUGCUAAAGAUGCUAACGGCUUCUCAGACCCAUACGUGAAGAUCUACCUGCUGCCUGACAGGAAGAAGAAGUUUCAGACCAAGGUGCACAGGAAAACCCUGAACCCCGUGUUUAACGAGACGUUCCAGUUUGGCGUACCGUUAGCCGAACUUCACUCUCGCAAGCUUCACUUCUCCAUCUACGACUUUGACCGUUUCUCCAGACAUGACCUGAUCGGCCAGGUGGUGGUGGAGAACCUGCUGGACUUCAGCGAGGGCAGCGGGGAAAAGCCCAUCUGGAGGGACAUUGUGGAAGGGACGGCGGAGAAAGCUGACCUCGGGGAGCUGAACUUCUCACUGUGUUACUUGCCGACAGCCGGUCGACUAACCGCCACCAUCAUCAAGGCCACCAACCUCAAAGCUAUGGACCUGACCGGCUUCUCAGACCCGUACGUGAAGGCGUCCCUGGUGUGUGAUGGACGCAGGUUGAAGAAGAGGAAGACGUCCAUUAAGAAGAACACUCUGAACCCCUCCUAUAAUGAGGCUCUGGUGUUCGACAUCCCUAACGAGAACAUCGAGAGCGUCUCGCUCAUCAUCGCCGUCAUGGAUUACGACUGUAUCGGCCAUAAUGAGGUGAUUGGGAUGUGCCGCGUGGGCAGCGACGCUGAAGGUCCUGGCAGAGAGCACUGGACAGCCAUGUUGUCCAACCCCCGUAAACCCAUCGAGCAUUGGCACCAGCUGGUUGAGGAAAAAUCCAUUAACACCUACGUGACGAAGAGCGCUGCAGCCUCGCCGAAACCACACAUCGUGGUGGACAGUCCUCACUCCGACUAAACACACGGGUCUGCGUUGCCGUUGCUCCAGACGUUCAUCUUUUCCUCUCAUCUGUGAAUAAAUCUCUCCAUCCAGCAAAAGAAGCGGAAAACAAACAGACGCCGCGACAAAACCGUCACGACACACACACACCGAGUAGUCUAGAGACCCCACCCCCAACACACACACACACACACACACACACAUACGCACAUAGGAGCAGGUAGACACACCUCGGAGGAAGGUGUGGUGCAGCAGGUGUGACUUUCCACACAUGUUGGUUUCUUCAGGGGAGAAAAAAAAACGAUGCACAUUCCCAAAUCCAGAGAUCUGAUAAUCGACAAAAUAUCUUUAUUUAGUUAUUUAAAACUGAGCCUGAGUGAAAAAAUAACAGAUUUAUAAAAGACGUCUUAGAUGUAAUUUCACAUGGACCAUUAGGGUGUGUGUGUGUGUGUGUUUAGGCUGUAGUAAAUCACUAGAGUCAGAUUUCACAAGGGAUGGAAUAAAAUAUCUCUGGAGAGCAGGACUGCUUCAGUCUGGCGUCAGGAGGACGGUAAUGGAGGACGGACCGGUCGACCGAACACUUACCGCGCAUCCUCCAAACGCGUCCUCCUCCCUCAUGCUCUGAGAACCACGACGAGCUUUUUAUUUUUCUAUCCAUCCAGCCAUCCAUCCAACCGUCGGUUUUGUUGAUCCAUGUAAGUUUUUGUAGAACGGACUGCGCUCAGAGCGAUGGCGGGGAGGGGGAGGGGGGAUGGGGUCUUUGAAGGGGGAAAAAAAAUAAAAUAAAGAAAUAAAUAAAAACUAACCGUGCGGCGAAACUUUCCGAAGGAACCGAUGAUUAAACGGAGGACCCUAAACGGGACGGCGAGCACUUUAGCGAUGGACCAGCGCCCUUUUUUUUGGGAGAAAAGGAUUUUGCCAUAGUGUUUUAUUUUUGUAUCAUUCCUUCAUUUUUGACACGCCUGCAUUUCCUCGGAGAGACGCUCGCACGCAUCCGUGAUCCUUUUACGUCCGUGUUCGUUGUACGAAGUGUUGGACUUCUUGGAGUUUGUUUCCUGCUUGCGUGUCCGCCUGUGCGUCUGUUCUGUCCGUCACCGUGCUCCGUGUAUGACAUGUUUUCUGGCGCCUGACCUCUAAUCCUUAGCCUCUGUCCUCUGUAGCCCCGCCCACUGGCACUAGCUCCUCCCACAGCAGCUCUUGUUAAAGCGAAACGUGUCUUCUGUCCUGUGUCUUAGAGGAUCGGUUUCUUUGUGCUCUCUGUGUCUGAAGCUGGCGGCUACGAGGAAAAAGAGAAGAAAAAAAUGUGAUUCUUUCAUUUUGAAAUCUUUUUCAUGAUGUUUCUUUUUGCCUGAGUGUGUUGUUUUGUGUCUGAAUGUUUUCUUAAGUAGAGCUGGGCGAUAAAUCCAAAUUGUCCCUGAUAUCGUUCUGUUCCCUUUGUUUUCUGUGCGGUUCAUGAAGAAAGACGACGUUUUUAACAGGUUUUUUGUCAGCUGCUUUACCAGUAGCCAAUCAGAACGAAGGUGCAGCAACCAGUGAAAACAGAGAGGAGGCGGGGCUUAACAUCAUACACUUAUAUUUUUUCUAGUGCUGUUUAUCUAUCUAUCUAUCUAUCUAUCUAUCUAUCUAUCUAUCUAUCUAUCUAUCUAUCUAACCCUAACCCUAACUUCUGCUUAUUCCUUCUGUUUUAUCAUUUCUCUGUUUGUUCUUUUCUCUCUCUCUCUUUCUCUCUCUGCCUGUUGUUCCUCCUUUAUUCUUCCUCUUGCCUUCCAUUCCAUCUUCCUGGGGUUUAUCAAAGCUAAUAGAUUUUUUUUUUUCAUAUCGUCCAGCUCUAUUUUUUUUAACAAACACAAGACAGAGACCGAUGGGGACUUUCUUUCUUUCUUUCUUUAUGUAAGUUUGUUUGUUUGUGUGUGUGUGUGUGUGUGUGUGUGUGUGUGUGUGUGUGUGUGUGUUUGUGUGUGUGUUUGUAAUUAAGGGUACCUCCUCUCCACCCCCCUCCCCCUCUCCAUCCCUCCUUCUCUCCCUCUCUGACUGUGUUCCAGGUUUAAUAUCUCAUUGAGGUUCCUGCUGUAAGUUAUGAACAUUGUUAGAGGUUCUUAAAGGAGAGCCAUGAGGUCAUGACCUCACUAACAGCAUGCAGCAGCCUACUGGGACAUAUCAUCAUCAUCAUCAUCAUCAUCAUCAUCAUCAUCAUCAUCAUCAUCGUCACCAUCAUCGUCACUAUCAUCAUCAUCAUCAUCAUCAUCACCACCAUCAUCACCACCAUCAUCAUCACCAUCAUCAUCAUCAUCAUCAUCAUCAUCAUCAAUGGACAAAUCUAAAGCCUACAUCUUCUGUCUCUCACUCUCUCUUUCUCUUAGUUCUGUUUUCCUUCUUCUCCUUCGUCAGCACAGGAAUGUUACAGAAGGUCUGCUUACUUCUCAUGGGGCUAUGCCCCACCUUCUCUCUCUCUCUCUCUCUCUCUCUCUCUCUCUCUCUCUCUCUCUCUCUCUCUCACACACACACACACUUUUAUUAUCUCUUUCUUUUUCCUUCCUUAUUCGUAUAUCUGUCUGUCCUCUGUCUCUCAUUUCAUGUUUCUCCAGUUCUAUCUAUCUAUCUAUCUAUCUAUCUAUCUAUCUAUCUAUCUAUCUAUCUAUCUAUCUAUCUAUCUAUCUCUUGUUACAUAAUUCGUCAGUCUCUCUUUCUCCCUUCUGUCUCUGUAUUUUUCUCUUUCUCUCAUUGUACCCCCCCCCUCCCCCUUUCUUUCUCUCUGUCUCUUUCUCUGAUAUAUUACAGUUAUUAAUCUUCCCAGCUUUCUGACCUCACCUCUCUCCUGUGCUGAACUUCAUCCCUUCAUCUCCCUCUGUCUCUCUCCGUCCCGUCUCUGUCUCUGUCUGGUCUCGUCCCUCUCUGAGUCAGUACAGUUGUGUUUGACCUGGCGGGGGAUCCGUGGUGUUUGCAUGCCUAUAUUAUCAUGGAUGAUGUCAAACUCAAUGCAAUGAUAAAUUACUGAAAUUAAGUGAAAUAAGAGAUGCUGAAAAAGAAAAACAACAGAAGAAACAACAAUGAACUCAGCACUUAGCGCUGCUCCGUCGGUCCCGAGCCGAUCGGCCUGCGGGGUGACGGUGUGUAAACUGUUUCUCUUUCCGAUCGCUGUUUCUGUUCGUCCGUCUCUUUUCUUUUAGAAAUGUUUUACUUUUUUAUGAGUUUCGAUAUAAAGAGGAGAUUUUAAGAAAAUACAACGUUAUCAGGGCAAAAAAAAAGAAUAUAACAUCAUGAUGUGGAUGAUGAC